GCAGAGCGAGUGCAGGAGGCGGAUCCUGGGCGCGUGAGGGCGACAGUCGGCGCGCUGGGCAUGAACCUGGAGGGCAGCGGCCGAGGCGGAGAGUUCGGCAUGAGCUCGGUGAGCUGCGGCAACGGGAAACUCCGCCAGUGGCUGAUCGACCAGAUCGACAGCGGCAAGUACCCAGGGCUGGUGUGGGAGAACGAGGAGAAGAGCAUCUUCCGCAUCCCCUGGAAGCACGCGGGCAAGCAAGACUACAACCGCGAGGAGGACGCCGCCCUCUUCAAGGCUUGGGCACUAUUUAAAGGAAAGUUCCGAGAAGGCAUAGAUAAGCCAGACCCUCCUACCUGGAAGACCCGUUUGCGAUGUGCUUUGAACAAGAGCAAUGACUUUGAGGAACUGGUAGAGAGGAGCCAGCUGGACAUCUCAGACCCCUACAAAGUGUACAGGAUUGUUCCUGAGGGCGCAAAAAAAGGAGCAAAGCAGCUCACCCUGGAGGACCCACAGAUGACCAUGAGCCACCCCUAUACCAUGACGGCUCCUUAUACCUCACUCCCAGCUCAGCAGGUUCAUAACUACAUGAUGCCACCCCAUGACCGAACCUGGAGGGACUACGUCCCUGAUCAGCCCCACCCAGAAAUCCCGUAUCAAUGUCCUGUGACGUUUGGAUCUCGCAGCCACCACUGGCAAGGUCCGGCUUGUGAAAAUGGUUGCCAGGUGACAGGAACCUUUUAUGCUUGUGCCCCGCCUGAGUCCCAGGCCCCUGGAAUCCCCAUAGAGCCAAGCAUAAGGUCUGCUGAAGCCUUGGCGCUCUCAGACUGCCGGCUCCACAUCUGCUUGUACUACCGGGAGAUCCUGGUGAAAGAGCUGACCACGUCUAGCCCAGAAGGCUGUCGGAUCUCCCACGGGCACACCUAUGAUGCUAGUAACCUGGACCAGGUCCUUUUCCCCUACCCAGAGGACAAUGGCCAGAGGAAAAACAUCGAGAAACUUCUGAGCCACCUGGAAAGGGGUGUGGUCCUCUGGAUGGCCCCCGAUGGGCUUUAUGCCAAAAGACUAUGCCAGAGCAGGAUCUACUGGGAUGGGCCCCUGGCACUGUGCAGUGAUCGGCCCAACAAACUGGAGAGGGACCAGACCUGCAAGCUCUUUGACACACAGCAGUUUUUAGCAGAGCUGCAAGCUUUUGCUCACCAUGGCCGUCCCCUGCCAAGAUUCCAGGUAACUUUGUGCUUCGGGGAAGAAUUUCCAGAUCCUCAGAGGCAAAGGAAGCUCAUCACUGCUCACGUCGAACCUCUACUAGCCAGACAACUAUAUUAUUUUGCUCAGCAAAACAGUGGACAUUUCCUGAGGAGCUAUGAUUUACCUGAACACAUUAGCAGUCCAGAGGAUUAUCACAGAUCUAUUCGCCACUCCUCCAUUCAAGAAUGAAAAAUGUCAAGACAAGUGAUUUUGUUU